CGGGACAGUCGCCACUUCUUCUUUUGCGACGUUUCUAAGUAUUCAACACAUCAAUAGCUGACAUGUCUCGGGCUUCCAAAUUGACAUUGGCUGCCACUGGCCUAGGCACAGCCGGCAUUGUCUAUUUUGUGCACUGGGCACAGGAGCAAGAGAAGGCGUCAAUGCACAAAGCGGUUGAACUUGACAUGGAAAAGCAGCGCGUCCGACAGGAACGACAAGCUGACUUCGAGAUGCAAAAGGCUCUCGAAGAGGAAUAUCGGAAACUGCAAAAAGUCUCACCAAGCUUAGACGAACCUAGUGGAACGCAAAGAAGUCAGGGGCAAGGACAAGGAUCCUGAGGCAACUCUUCGUCUGCUGGUCUGACGGCGUGUGGUGUGAAGGCUCAGGUGUUGUCAUGACUCCCAACCUCAACAGAAUGGCAGUUUUACGGUUCUACAAUAUACCCAUGUACAAUAGACAAAGAACAUACACUCCGAUCUUUACGAAGACAUACGCCGAUGAGUAGAUUUAUGGGCACUCUAAAUGACAACCUCACGCUACUAUGUGACUAGCAUGUUGCUAGGUUAUGAUUCACAUAGCAUCAAUGUUAAUGGAGGACGUGGAUGGGUGAUGAAUUCGAC